AUGAGAGGAACCAUGACGAACCUGCUUCCCAAGAUUCCCAUUCUCUACGAAUGCAACAAUUAUAUCAUCAUAAACAAACCAUUUGGUGUCUAUACUCAACCAGCUGAUCUGCACACGUGGUUUCAAAGAUACCCAGGCAGACCCGAGGGACCAAGAUACCUAUUAGAUGAGCUUGCAAACACUUUUAAACGAGAAGAGGAGGAGAAGAAAAACUUCCAGGAAUUAAAGACUGUACAUAGGUUGGAUGUGUGUGUGACAGGUGGUAUGCUACUUGCCAAGAACAAGACUGCUGCAAUCAAUUUUUCCAGGAAUUUGAAGAAAGGUGGUAGUUCUGGAUUCCCCUUAAAGAGAAGAUAUGUAGCCUUAUUGAAUGAUUCGCUGAAGAAAACACUACGACCAACAGGAACUUUAGAAAUGAACGGAAUGGUGACUAAAUAUAAAUUAUUUGAUGAUCAAUGUAUAAUCUUAGAGUUAAUUACAGGAAAAAAGCACCAGUUGAGAAAACAAUUAUCCUCCAUCUUGAAACAACCAAUUUUAAAUGAUGUUAAAUAUGGUGGAAGCUAUUUGCUGGGAACAGAUAAGGAACAAAUUGCCCUACAUUCUGCAUAUAUUGAAACCCGGGUGGGGCUGCAAAAAAGGUCACACAUAGUACCAAUGAUAUUCAAUAACAAUGGGAAACUAUGGAAUCGGCAAUAUAUUGAUUCCCAAGGUUUCUUCUGUGCUGGAAUCACCAAAAUUUUAACAGAUACUUGGAAUGUAGAUGUGUAG